CUUUUUUGUCAAUGCUGGGUUAUUUAAACUUUUAUACAAGUUUUAUUUUUCAAUUUUACAUUUUCAAAAGUUUCAUAAUUACAAAUAUACCUAUCCCCAUGCUUAUGUCAUGGUUUUCUCUCUUCUUACACUCCACCACUUCCAUAACUCCUCCUUUCUUUUUUUUUCUUUUUUUUUUUUUAUUUUCUGUUUCUCUUUCCUUGGUUCUUCAAUACCACAACCCACGAUCAUCCCGUCCAAAGCCCUAACCCACGAUUUUUAAACCUCUCAUCUAUGUCACUAUCUCCAUUAUCUUCCAUAAGCUCUGUAAGUUGUUCCUCCCACAUAUUGUCUUCUCUUCUUCUAUAAAUGGCCACCACUAAGUCGAGUUCGAAGUUACCUUCCCCAGCUAAAAAAAUUUCUAAAAUUUCUAAGAAACCUCCUACAAAUUCAUCUAAAGUUGAUCCUAAGAUGAGUUUGAAGCGCAUUGCGAAGAAAGGAAUGAGUGAUGUUGCAGAGCCAUCUGGUUCUAAGAAAAGACCUAUUCCAAAUAAAAUUGAGUCUCGUAAGACAAAGAGAGCAAAAUCUUCGAAAUCUGCCAAGGAUGUUAUAUCUUAUUUUGAUUUUGAGGAUGAAGUGCAUGAUGGGGAAGUGAAGCCUAAAGUUAAAUCCAAGGUCCAUGCUAAGAGCUCAGAAAAGUAUGAAGACUUUGACUUACCCAAAAAAAAAUCCUUCUAAGGUGUCUUUUUUUGUGUUUUUUAUAGUACAUUUCUGUUUUUCCCUUUUCUAUUGUUUCAUGUCAUUUGUCAGUGAUGAUAAUCAUUUUUGUGUUGUCGACUUC